AUGGUCAAGUGGAACAAGGUGACCGCGCAUGCGCUGCCCAAGCGCUUCUUCCGGGUCGUCAUUUUCUGCAUGCACGUCUCGGGUGCGGGGUACCUCGCGCUCAUGGGCUACGGUCACUGGUACCUGACGCAGACGGCCGGCGGCUACGACUACGCGACAGUCCUGCGGCUCUUCCAGCCCGUGAGUGCGUCGGUCGCUGUCUUUGCAAGCCUCGCGUCGCUCCACGCACUCUACAUUGUGCGCUUGCUGUUGCGCAGCGUCAAACGACACGCGCCGUGCAAGCAGUACACGAUCGAGACGCCGCCGCCGUCCUCGAAUCCCUGCGUGCGAUGGCUCGCGGCGCUGCGCGAGGUGCGCCGUCUAUUCCGCGUCGACGGCCCGCACUACGAGUACAAGCUCGCGACCAAGCACGUGGUCGUCGCCGCUUCCCAAACCUACCGCGCGUACUCGACAAGCGCGCUUGUCGGCGUGAGCUCGAUCAACGCCGUCUUCUCGUGCCUCCUCUUUGCCUACGGCGUCGUCGUCCCGGGCCUUUGGCGGUUUGCGCACAUGCCCAAGCAGGCGCGCCGCCAAUAUACACUGGUUGCGACAAUCGCGAUCAACUACGCGGCCAACAUCCUGCUCCCCACGUGGAUCCUGUCGCCGUAUUUCGACUACUUUACGCGGCCCGACGCGGCCACGCUCGCGUACGGCGAUACAUUCUACCCGAUUGGCGUCUCGGUGUGCCAAAGCAUCCUCGUGACCUCGACGCUCGACUUGGUUCUCACGGCCAUCACGCACAUCUUUCUCAUGACGGCCAUGGCAGACUUUCUGCGCAGCUUGGACCUGCCGCCGUCCACACGCCGCGUCUCGUCGUCGGUCGCCAGCGGAGCGCUCCCGACCAAGUGCUACAUGACGCUCAUGCGCGUCUUCAACCGCGCCGUCCUCGCCGGCUACGUCGCCAGCGUCCUCUGGGCGCUUGGCAUGAUCGUCUUCAACUACACGGCGUGGGCGCAUCCGCCGUGCAUGCGCGGGUGUCUCGCGCAAACCUACCCCUGGCUCACGGGCAAGUGUGCAUGCACCGUGCUUGAGACGACCUGCGACGGUGUCAACGACACACUCACACUGCCGCCAAGGGACAGUCUUGAAGUCCGGUCGCUCGUCUUUCUCAUCAUCUCGCACUGCCCGCGGCUGGUCAUGCCACCGUCACUGCAGGCGUUUACGAAUCUCAUUGGCCUCGAGAUCUUCAAUUCGACGCUCGUCACGUGGGACGAGAGUGCUAGCAUUGCGCCGUUGACGCGCUUCUCGUACGCGAUGAUCGUGAGCACCAACAUGACCGACUUGCCGCUCGGGCUCUUCACGAACGCGCCGUCGACGUUCAUCGACCUCGAGAUUUCUGGUACAAAUUUGCACCAGAUCUCGCUGCACCCAGAUCUGCUCACGACGCUCACCGUGCUCUACAUCGAGUACGGCCUUCUGGACGCGUUCCCGUACCAGCUCACGAGUCUGCCUCUGCUGAACGAACUCUCGCUCUUCAGCAACAACAUCCCGUCGGUACCCGAGAACCUCUCGCUCCCGAGCCUCAACUACCUCCAGCUCGCCAGCAACCCACUGAGUCAGACGAUCCCAGACGCCGCGUUCACGCUCCCUGCUCUCUGGGAAAUGAACGUCGACCUCUCGAACGUGUCGGCCUUUCCGACCAAUGCGUCGGUCUAUGGCAGCGCGCUCUACGUGAUCGGCGCGUAUAACAGCACGUACUGCUUCUUGCGCGACAAUGCAACGUGCGCCGAGACGCCCGACUGCGCGCUCGUCUCGUGCGAACCCAACGACUACCUGCUUGGGUACUUUCCAGUCGACGAGAUCCACGCACUGCGCAGCGCGACGGCGCCCACGUUCUUGGAAUAG